UAUUAAUGGUAUCGCUGGUUGCCAAGAAUACAAGUUGUUGUAACAUGUAAACAUGGGUGAUCCGCAAUUUAUUGCUGUUAAUGACAUUGAUGGUGUUUUAGCUUUUCUUCUAAGUAUUGAUUGGUGGGAUCCUUGGCUUGUCGGUCUAAUUGUCUUCCAUGUAGCAAUAACAGUGGCAGCUUUAACUACACGAAACCACAGCAACUUUCAAGUAUUGCUGUUUUUAAUCCUUUUGUUGUUGGUGUACUUCUCAGAGAAUAUAAAUGAAAUCGCUGCUAGCAAAUGGAACUUAUUUUCAAGACAACAGUAUUUUGACAGUCAGGGAAUGUUCAUCUCACUGGUAUUUUCAGUACCAAUUCUUCUAAACUGCAUGAUAAUGGUGGCACACUGGUUGUACCAAUCUAGCCAGUUGAUGACAAAACUAAAAACUGCGCAGCUGCGGAGAGAGAUUCGAGCUUCAAAGGAACAAAGGAAUGGGGCACACAAAGCUCUGAAGGAAGACUGAACCCGUCCCUAUUACUAAGUACAUUUUAAAGCAUGAACUAGUCACAGAGUCCUAUAUAAAUGUUACAUACUGAAUGACUGGUUAUUGUAACUAGUGUGGCAUAAUUUGUGGUGAACUCUCUGUGAAGGUUGCAGUGUGAAUGGUACCAUAUCAUUGUACUUAAUAUCAUUGAUUUCUUACUGGUUAAUGUACAGUCUAAUAACCUUGAAUUGCUGAGAAAUAUGACAAUGAUUCCCUGUAGAUUUUAAUUUGACUUGAAAUUUCUGAAACAUCUCAAGUCAGCAGUUAGCUAGAUUCACCAUUAAGCUAGCUGUGAUACUGCAUGGUGCCUGAAAAAAGUAUGAGACAUAGGUCUGGUAAGAGUUACUUAUAUUACUUCACAUUUUAUAUAAUGCUUCUCAGCACUUCAUGUGGCACACAACCGGUGUACAUACUCUGAAGCUUCCAUUAGAAGUACAAAGUCUGAUAUGUACAGCUGUACAGAUUGUUUUGAUAGUGUUUGUGCUUAACAUAAUUUUGUGUUUAGAUAAAGAUGAGGACUUGAGGCAGCAAUAACUGAACUGUGAAUGGAUGUGUGUUGUAACAGAGGUCUGUUUCAUAACUCAGAGAUGAAUGAAUUAAUUAAUUAUAACUACCUUGAGAAAUA